CCAGAGACGUGGUUGAGGUCACCAUCACCGCUGGAUGUUAUUCCUCAACCGCCGAUUCAGCGACCUUCAGAUCAGCAGUAUCAGUCUUCUCCAAUACCGCCUAAGGAAGCGAAGGCGAAUACGGUGAAAACAACUCGGCAGGCGUCGAAAUUUCCGGAUCUGGCAAACCCAGAGGUGGUUCCGGCAACGAAGCAAAACAGCCGGAAAGAGCUUGAAGCGGAGUUCAAAAUGACCAUGGGUCAGAUCAAGGAGAUUAAUCAGGAAAUAUGCGACUUACGUCAAAAACACGAGGAGGAGUUGUUGAUCGUA